CACCUGUAGGGAGGUGAUAUUGAGGGCCCGGUCAAUGAGGAUCCAGGUGACAGUCUCAGAGCAGGGUGGGGUGCUGAGAGAGCCCUGGUAGGUGAUGAAGCCAAAGGACUCCGGGAACAGGAGCUCCAGGCUCAGGUCUUGAAGAAAGUAGGCAUCAUCUGUGGGAAUAUCAGGCCAGAGUGAAGAGGGGUGCCCCUCUUGAACUGCACCCCCCAUCUCACAUGUGUGAUCCCAAAAAAACCAGGGUCUUACUCUUGUAGGAGAUGCGGGUGAUGGUGUCCCGGUUGAGGAGGCGACUGAGGAAUGGAUUUGAGCUCCCUGCCACCUGUGUCGGGGUAGGAGCAACCAAACCCUGGGGAUGGGGAGAAACAAUAAGAAUGGAACGAGUCAGAGGCGGAGACAGAACAGGAAGUAGAGGCUUGGAGGGCUGUGCUAUCCAGCUGAAGUGACUGGCAGUUCACAGGGAUGACCUCCCCGGCUCCCAGGUCCAGGAUGAAGUCUGCUCCACCCUCAGAACACGGACCCCUGCCAGCCACGCCACCCGAGACCAUGUGGGACCAGAGAACCGUUGCCCGCAGUGGGCCCACAGCUGGGCAGCCCCAGGCAGGCAGGAGGAAGAAGCUCCGGGCAGCCAAGGGGUUUGGGGCCACCUGCCCAUCCCUUUCCACCUGCUACUUCCUUUUUGUCGUUUUUGUGGUAUCCACCAUCUUCCACUGCCACCGGCGCCUGGCUCUGGUGCCCGCCCCCUGGGCAUACUCAGCCCAGGUGGUUCUGGUCCCCAGACACCACCCCCAGGAGGGCAUGUUCACCAUCAACUCCAAAGGCCGCCUGGGGAACCAGAUGGGCCAGUAUGCCACGCUGUACGCCCUGGCCAAGAUGAACGGGCGGCCUGCCUACAUCCCUGCCCAGAUACACAGCACGCUGGCCCCCAUCUUCAGAAUCACCCUCCCGGUCCUGCACAGUGCCACGGCCCGCGGCAUCCCGUGGCGGAACUACCACCUGAACGACUGGAUGGAGGAGCAGUACCGCCACAUCCCGGGGCGCUACGUCCGCCUCACGGGCUACCCCUGCUCCUGGACCUUCUACCACCACCUGCGCCAGGAGAUCCUCCAGGAGUUCAGCCUGCAUGAGCACGUGCGGGAGGAGGCCCAGAAGUUCCUGCAGGCCCUGCAGGCCACGCAGGCCUGGCGGGUGACCUUUGUGGGCGUGCACGUGCGCCGGGGGGACUACAUUCGUGUCAUGCCGCGGGUGUGGAAGGGUGUGCUGGCCGACCGGGGCUACCUGCAGCAGGCCCUAGACUGGUUCCGAGCCCGCUACCGUUCCCCAGUCUUCGUGGUCACCAGUGACGAUAUGGCCUGGUGCCGGGAGAGCAUCGACAGCUCCCUUGGAGAUGUGGUGUUCGCGGGCAAUGGUCUUCAGGGCUCCCCCGCCAAGGACUUUGCACUGCUCACACAGUGCAACCACAGCAUCAUCACCGUGGGCACCUUCGGGAUCUGGGCUGCCUACCUCACGGGUGGGGACACUGUCUACCUGGCCAACUUCACCCUGCCCAACUCCCCCUUCCACAUGGUCUUUAAGCCACAGGCAGCCUUCCUGCCAGAGUGGGUGGGCAUUGCUGCUGAUCUCCGCCAGGCCCAGCAGAACCGCGUCUAGGCCCCCUAGGCCCCUCCAGGAGGCAGCAUGUUGGGGGCAGGGCGCAGUUCAGAGCUUCAGAAUCCACCUGGUGUUUGAAUUCAGCCUUAUCUAUUUCAUAGCUGAGUGACCUUGGACAAAAGUCUUAAUCUCUCUGUGCCUUAGUGUGGCACCUUGACGAUGAACACAGAACUUACCCCAGCAGCAACACAUGAGAAUCCACAAGUUCACGUAAGGGCUGCUGCUGAUGAACAGUGGGAUAUGUUGGCGGUGCCUAGGUAUGUGGCUUGCGUGGGCACUUGUCACACUUUUAACAUGGAACCUUACUUCUUUGCAGCACCGGUAGCAUGGAGUCCACGUGUUCCCUGUCGCCUCUUGAGAGGGUUUGGUGGAGGCUAUUCUUGCCCUGGAGGUACAGGCUUUGUAUUGGUGGGCCUGCCCAUGGCAGAAUGCAAGGGGCGACAGAGUGGAGUGGCUGAGUCUCGGGAGGCACCCUCAGUGGGGAGGCUGUUCCCCUGCAGAGUGGCAGACGCAGGGCGGGAAGGCCUUGCUUCACAGACACCGGGUGUACCUUUCCAUAGCCUGAUCCCAGGGGGCUACGGAGACCAGACCUUGGCCAUCUCAGCAGCCACCUGCAGACACAGUGAUAGCAAGAGGUGCCUCGCCCCCGGCACUGCCUAAGCCCCCAGGCCCUCACAGCCCUCUGAGCAUUCCCAGCGUGGACUGCCCAGGCCUGUCUUCCAUUGCUGUGACCGAGGGCCACAGAGUGGGCAGUUCAUAAAGAAGGCAGAUUAUGGUGCUGGCAACUGCUCGCAGCUGGGUCAUGCCAUGGCAGGACAGAAGGUCCUGACUCAGGUCUGCCCUUUCGUGAAGCUACUGUCCCAUGGGAUUGGCACUUUGCCCUAUGACCUCUAACACAGUUGCCUUCCAAAGGUUCUACUGCCCAGGGUUAUAGCUGGUUUAAAUUUCCACCUCCUCCUCCCUCACAAUGGGGAUUAACUUGCCACACAAGUCUUGGUGGGGACAUUCCAGUUGUAGCACAGACGGAAGCUGGGUUAGGUGACUGCAGGGCUGGUUUUCCUGUAUUCCAUGUAUUUUUUUUUUAAGUAGGAAUAGUAUUUUACUUUUACUUUUUUCCAAAUUUUUAUUGAUGUAUUACAGUUGUACAUAAGUUCAGUGUAUUUUAAAAUAUGAAGAUGCCAGAAUUUUUAUUGGUGUAAUGUUCCUUUAUGAAUAUUUAAAAUCUCUCCCAGCGCAGGUGCCCUGUAUCAGGAAUCACCUCCCCUUCUGCCUGAAGCCC